UUUGUCACAUGACUAUCUUUAGCCAAUGAUAAGGUGGAAUUUUCUUGUCUAUUACAAGGUGUAAUUAUCUUGUAGGUUUUGAGGGUCAGGUUUUGAAAUAGUCAGAUAACAGAUGCUUGACUGGAGUUAAAGUAUCCCUUGAAUGGUGUUAAAGUAUCCCUUGAAUGAGAAUGGUGUAAAAUGCACAAAAUGUUAUCUUACAUGACUUCAGAGGGUGAAGAAUAAGACUAAUGGAAUAAUUUGUACACCUGUAGACCAUCCCGCCAAUGAUGAAAACAAACACAGUAUCACCCACUGGCAGUUUUGUAUCCCACAUGGACUGAUUAUUGAAUUAAUCUUGCUGAGUGAGAAGACUAGAGACCACUACAAGGGGGUGGCAGUCUGUAUCCAGUGUGAAUCCCAAGCUGCCAAUCACCUGGUUGUGGCAUGAACCGUCGCAUCAACUGGCUUCAAGUUUAAAAAUUGCCUUGCGUGAUGAUCGUUCACUUAAUUAGGAGUUAGUUAGGGAGAAAAAAGGAUGAGAAAUAGGUGUGUGUGAGAAGAAACAGGCUUAUGAGAGACUCCCAACAUUUAUAAUUGACUGCACCAUGUCCUCUAAGACGACCAAACUAGACGUUGCUUCCUCAGAGAACUGGGAACAGAAGAAGCAGUGUAACGUCUUGAAGAAACCGAGUGGCCUACCCUUUGUUAGCACUGUCUGUCACUUGGUUUCAACUAAAUAUACUUCCAUCAAAAAGAGACAUUUGUACAACAAAUCUUUGUGUACUGGAGAAGAGAAAGGAGUGAAGACCAUUAAUGAAGUUGCGGUCAGCAGUGUACAGCCAGUUCUGAAUACCCUGGAACCUCAACCUGCAACAGUAAACUGCAAGGGUCUAGAGUCAGUGGAGGAGAAGCUGCCGAUACUUUGUCAGACCGCUGAUCAGCUUGCUUCAGAUGUAAAGGACUUCAUGAGGUUUCCCAAAGGGAAGGGGGAAAAUGAUGCAGUGAUCAUAGGAGCGGUCGGCCUGACCAAAGAAGCCAUCCAGACCAAUAUGGAGACCCCCAAAUCAGCAGUGAUUAAUGUUAAACCUACAGUUUUUGCAGAAAGGCAUGGAAUGGCUUCUGCCCAGCGGCAGCAAGAUUAUGACAGUUACUGGGUGUGUUUGGGCUCCAUGAUGACCAAAUUCCAGCAAUGUGCUUACCAGCAUUCCCAGAGCAAGGUGAGGGAUGCCGGCCAAAGGCUCUGGGAGGCUCUUCAAACUAGUUCCCUGUUGCUGAAAUAUUGCAUCAUUGCCUUGAUUAAUACAAUCACCCAACCCCUGAAGACCAUCUACCAGAUCCUACUGGUUAUUAUUGAACACUUUCCCGUCAACUUUCAGGACAAGAUGCAACAAGUUUCCCAUACCACAGAAGUGCUCCAUGCUUCAGUCUCCACUCUUGAUUCCUUCCAAGAUCUGUCUAGACAAAUCCUCUCCCAAAUAUGGGAGAAAGUGACCAAGGAGGAGGAACAUAUGAAUGAGCUGCUGGAGUAUGUGGUGUACAGUACACCUCUCUGUUGGUUUGUGGGACCCUUCAAUGCUUUAAGAGGUAGAACAUAAGCAGACUCCACAGAAACUGCAGAAUAUGGAUAAGAAGGCGCACAUAACAAGUGACACUGCAGAAGUUUGGAAACUGUUACAGGACAGGACUUCUUGGUGGAGCUAAUUUAUUUGUAGAACUGUCAAGUUUGUCAAACGAAAGCUUUGAUCUUUGUGAACUCAGCUCUGAGAUUAGAGCUGAGUCUCAGAAUAGCCUGGAAGUAAGUAAAUAAAUCGGGU